GAAAGCCCCUCGAGAAGUAUAAGUGUCAUUUUACGAUAAACCCUGGUAGCGCUCGCAGCGGACCCUGUAGCAUCCAUGGCGCAAUUGCUCUCCUUUCAGGUUUAUCUCUCUGCUGAAACCCAGAAAGCUUCUCCAGAGUCGCUGAGGCGAUCACCAAAGCGUAAAAAAUCCGUUUUUACUUCUAAAAAUGGUGCUUCUGUUCCGGUGCGCGAAACCCAGAAGCUGAAUUCGGAGGUCUCUCCUCAUAGAGCUGUAUCUGCAGUUAGAUUGAUGAGAAUUGAGCUUGGAGGUGCGUUUGCUGAUCUUUUGAAUGAGAAAGGAAAAGGGUCUGGCAGCAAUGAGAUGAGAUAUGUCGAAAGUACUCUCGGUUUUCGAACUCGUGAUUUGGAUGAUCGGGAUCUUAGACUGGUUACUGAUGUAGUUGGAGGAACGAUACGGUGGAGGAGAUAUCUUGAUCAUUUGAUUGGUUCGCUUUGCCAAAAUGAAAGCACAUUUCGUAGAAUGGAACCUCUUUUGUUGCAGAUUCUCCGCAUUGGUUUCUAUGAGAUUCUCAAGCUUGAUAUGCCACCGUAUGCUGUUGUAGAUGAGAAUGUGAGACUUGCAAAGGUUGCCCUUAGACCUGGUGCUGGAAAUCUUGUGAAUGGGAUUCUUCGUAAGCUAGUCUCUCUUAAGGGAAAAGAUGCCCUUCCGUUGCCUAGAGUGGAAGGGGAUGAACGUGCCCAAGCACGUGCUCUUGCCACACUUUAUUCACAUCCUGUCUGGAUGGUAAGACGAUGGAUAAAGCAUAUUGGGCUAGAUGAAGCCAUAAAACUAAUGACAUGGAACAAUGGAAAUCCUGGUUUUAGCAUAAGGGCCAACAAUGCAAAGGGCAUCACAAGAUCAGACCUUGUGAAUCGUCUAAACACUUUAAAGGUUACGCAUGAGCUGUCUUCAUAUUCAGAGGAGUUUGUUCGCAUCAAAACAGGUUUACAGAUCGUUGUCCAAGCUGGAUUACUCAGAGAAGGCAUCUGUUCUGUCCAGGACGAGAGUGCGGGACUAGUUGUCUCAGUGGUGGAUCCUCAACCUGGAGAGUCAAUAAUGGAUGGAUGUGCUGCUCCUGGAGGGAAGACCCUUUACAUGGCAUCUCGCUUGAAAGGCCGAGGCAUGGUAUACGCUAUAGAUGUGAAUAAAGGCCGUUUAAGGAUCCUCCGAGAGACAGCAAAGUCUCACCAAGUUGAUGCUCUUAUCACUACCAUCCAUUCUGAUCUUCGUGUCUUUGCUGAAACCAAUGAUGUACAAUAUGACAAAGUUUUGCUAGAUACCCCUUGUUCUGGACUUGGUGUCCUAUCCAAGAGAGCUGAUUUGCGCUGGAACCGAAAGCUGGAAGAUUUGGAAGAACUCACAAAACUGCAGGAUGAGCUACUUGAUUCUGCCUCCAAAUUGGUAAAGCCGGGUGGAGUGUUGGUUUAUAGUACCUGCUCCAUAGACCCAGAAGAAAACGAAGAGAGGAUCAGUAUGUUUCUUCAAAGACAUCCCGAAUUCCGGGUAGAUCCAGCAGGCAGAUUCAUACCAUCAAGCUUUGCAACUGAGAAAGGCUUCUAUUUCUCCAACCCGAUGAAACACUCCCUGGACGGAGCAUUUGCAGCCCGUCUGAUUCGAUCUGUUUGACACUGAAGCUUGUAAGUUGAGCUUCUCCUCCCCGCCAUGGAUGCGGAGCUCUAGAACUGCAGUUCCAGGACCAUAUCCAUUACUGAGACUUUGGGUUCCAUUUAUAGCUGAUUAAGCCAAGAAAGUGAAAGAAAGGAAACCCUUUUUUUGUUGUACAGAUGCUUGCUUGUAGAGGUGAAUCGACCUAUAUGGUAUUGUGAGAACUGUAAAGAAAAAAAAAUCCGGCCGUCAGUCACAGAGGAAAACACCAUAUGCUGUUUUGAGCAAAGGUAAAAGAGGAUGAUGUUUUCUGUUUUGAGUUAA